AUGGAGGGAAUGUGGGAGAACAUCCUUCGGAACCAUAAGAACUCGUUCAAAUCCCUAUUCCACCGCAGCAAGCCUUCUUCGCCCGACGCCAACACCACCGAUGACACCGCCAAUUCCCCCAAAAUCCCUCAGCUCUCUCCUCUCGCCAACUCCGUUGUGUUUCGCUGUUCCAAGAUCCUUCGAAUGUCCACCCAGGAAUUGCAACACUGCUUCGAUUCGGAACUCCCUCUCGGCGUCAAAGAGCUUCUCACCUACGCCAGACAACUGUUGGAGUUUUGUUCCUAUAAAGCGCUUCACAAACUCAGUAAAACCUCCGAAUUUUUAAACGACAAGGAAUUCCGUCGUUUAACCUUUGACAUGAUGCUUGCAUGGGAGGCUCCCAGCGUUAACACCCUCCCAGAAAUCCCUACUUCAAGUAAAGAGGAAGCCACCGGGGAUGAGGAUGACUCCUCCCUGUUUUAUUCAAGUUCCACAAAUAUGGCACUUCAGGUUGAUGACAAGAAGACGGUUGGUCAAGAGGCUUUCUCGCGGAUUGCUCCUGUGUGUGUUCCCAUUGCUGAUGUUAUAACUGUCCACAAUCUCUUCCAUGCGCUCACGAGUAGUUCCGCUCAUCGGCUUCAUUUUCUUGUUUAUGACAAAUAUCUAAGAUUCCUUGAUAAGGUUAUCAAGAAUUCUAAGAAUGUGAUGGCUUCAUCUAUUGGAAAUCUUCAACUUACCGAGGAAGAGAUUGUCCUUGAUGUUGAUGGCACAAUUCCAACUCAACCUGUUCUUCAACAUAUUGGAAUCGCUGCAUGGCCUGGGCGGUUGACCCUGACAAAUUUUGCUCUGUACUUUGAGUCGUUUGGAGUUGGUAUGUAUGAGAAAGCUGUUCGAUAUGACCUGGGCUCAGACUUGAAACAGGUCAUAAAGCCUGAUCUAACUGGACCCCUUGGUGCUCGCCUGUUUGAUAAAGCUGUGAUGUAUAAGUCAACUUCUCUAGCAGAGCCUGCAUAUUUUGAAUUCCCUGAAUUUAAAGCAAACUUGCGUCGUGAUUAUUGGUUGGACAUUAUUCUGGAGAUCCUACGUGCACACAAGUUUAUCAGGAAAUACUACCUUAAAGAGACACAAAAAUCAGAAGUGCUUGCCAGGGCUAUUCUGGGCAUUUUCCGCUAUCGUGCAGUUAGAGAAGCUUUCCGGUUUUUCUCAUCCCACUAUAAAACAUUGCUUACUUUUAACCUGGCUGAAACUCUUCCACGGGGAGACCUAAUCUUGGAAACCAUGUCACAUAGCUUAGCAAAUUUGAAUGCUGUUUCUGGUAAACGUGAUAUUCCUGCAACUGUAGAUACAAAAAGGCAUCAAUCAGUGUCUCCAGUGGCAGUUAUUUCACUUUUCUAUCUUGGAUUCAGAUCAAAAAAGGUGGUUGAUAUUUGUGAGGGAACAACAUUUGUUAGUGAUAUUAGGGUUGGUGAGUUACAUCCCUUGGAAGUGGCAGUGCAAAAGUCCCUUCUGGACACUGGAAAAGCUGAAGCUGCACAGGCAACUGUGGACCAAGUGAAGGUUGAGGGAAUUGAUACAAAUGUUGCAGUAAUGAAGGAACUACUAUUCCCCGUCAUUGUAUCUGCUAACAAACUACAGCUUUUGGCCUCAUGGAAUGACUUUUACAAAUCAACAGCCUUUUUGCUACUCACCUGUUACAUGAUUAUAAGCGGUUGGAUCCAGUACUUUCUGCCAUCCAUUUUUGUGUUUAUUGCAAUUCUCAUGCUCUGGCGAAGGUAUUUCAGAAAGGGAAGACCAUUAGAAGCCUUUGUAGUGACUCCUCCCGCAAAUAGAAAUGCUGUAGAACAACUGCUGACAUUACAAGAGGCCAUUACACAUUUUGAAUCACUCAUUCAAGCUGCAAAUAUUAUUCUCCUAAAAGUGAGAGCUCUUCUACUUGCUAUAUUACCACAGGCAACAGAGAAGGUUGCACUGUUACUUGUGUUCAUAGCAGCUGUGUUUGCUUUUGUUCCACCAAAGUACAUAUUUUUGAUGGUAUUCCUUGAGUAUUACACAAGGGAGAUGCCAUGUAGGAAGGAGAGUAGUGAUAGAUGGAUAAGGCGGAUUAGAGAAUGGUGGAUCAGAAUACCAGCUGCUCCUGUCCAGCUCAUUAAGCCUGAGGACUCCAAGAAAAGAAAAUGA